AUGUCCUUCUCCGCCCCCGCCCCCGCCGUCAAGCUCGCUCGCACCCCCCUCCGCCGCACGGGCUCCUACCUCUCCCUGGAGGACAUGCAGGCCGCCACCAUCACUCCCCUCUACGGCCGUGACGGCCCAACGCAAACAUACACGUCCUCGGACAGCCUCGUAAUCGGCAAGUACGACGCGCGGAUGCGCAAGAGGCGCGCACCCUCCGCACGGAUGCCCUCCAUUCACACCCCUUCCUCCUCCGUGCCCAAGCCUUCCUCCUCCCCAGUCCUCACAUCCCGCCGCACGACAUCCCGCCCACGCUGCUCGUCGCCUCUCUCCCCUGUGCGCCGCUCGAUUCCCGAGCGGCCGUCACUGCCCAUUACAAAGAAGCGUGAGCCGGACCUCUACCGCGCGGCGAUUGAGGCUCGCAUGCGGCUCUCCCCCCUCGGCCAGCAGGUGCUCAAGAUGGGCCCGCGGGUCGCGCUCUCCGUCAUCGGGGCGACAGAGGCUCUGGAGUCUCUCGUCGCCGCACACAGUGGCGACAUCGAACUGCCAGAAACGACAUUGGCCGCUUCGUGGGUAGACGUGGGCCCAGAGGAUUGGGAGAUGGUGGAGCGCAGUACGUGA